CGUAAAACCCCCUGUUUCAAAUCGACAACGCCCCUCUGUCAGCCGUAAAACCCACUGUUUCGAAUCAACAACCCCCCUCUCUGUCCGAUCUAUCGCAGCUCUCUGUAAGCACCUUUCGUCUGCUGUCUGGUCCUCCCUUCGGGACCCUAGACCUGCUUUUGAAAGGACAGUGGAAGAGUUUGCUGCUAGAUCUGUUAUUUUGUGCUUUUCUUGCGAGAUUUUUAUCGCAGAUCUUCUCUUCGAAAUUUACGUUCAGUCGCUUCUGCCAAAAUGAACGACCUUCUAUCAGAUUCCUUUGAGAUUUCUAGAGGUCAAGCUUCAAGGAAUGCAGAUGUUGAAAUGGGCACAUUACCUCCAGCAAAUUCAGCAGACCUGGGUUUAGAUAGUUUCUUUAAACAGGUUCAAGAUAUUGAAAAACAAAUUGAUAAGCUUAACAAGCUACUGAAAAAGCUCCAGGAUGCAAAUGAAGAGUCGAAAUCUGUAACCAAGGCUGCUGCCAUGAAAGCAAUCAAACAGCGAAUGGAGAAAGAUGUAGAUGAAGUUGGAAAGAUUGCUCGUUCAGUAAAAUCAAAAAUUGAAGAGAUUGACAGAGAAAAUGUCACCAAUAGGCAGAAGCCUGGAUGUGGAAAAGGAACAGGAGUAGAUCGGUCCAGAACUGCAACAACUGCUUCCUUGAAGAAGAAAUUCAAAGAUAAGAUGUCUGAGUUUCAGACUCUACGGGAAUCCAUCCAUCAAGAGUAUCGGGAUGUUAUUGAGAGAAGGGUAUUUACAGUAACUGGUACAAGAGCUGAUGAAGAGACAAUUGACCGGUUAAUGGAGUCCGGAGACAGUGAGCAAAUAUUUCAGAAAGCAAUUCGGGAACAAGGCAGAGGCCAGAUAAUGGAUACAGUAGCAGAAAUUCAAGAGCGCCAUGAUGCUGUAAGAGAACUAGAAAGAAGGCUUCUUGAAUUGCAGCAGAUAUUCCUAGACAUGGCGGUGUUGGUAGAUGCACAAGGUGAUAUGUUGGACAACAUAGAAUCACAGGUCUCUAGUGCUGUUGAUCACGUACAGUCAGGAAAUACUGCACUACAGAGGGCAAAAAGUCUACAGAAGAGCUCCCGGAAAUGGAUGUGUAUAGCAAUUCUUAUCCUUCUUAUAAUUGUGGCCAUCAUAGUUGUGGCCGUGAUCAGGCCUUGGGUUAAUAAGGGUUCUUAACUGGAACACUAUAUGUGAUGUAAGUGUUUUUAUUGAUACCUCAGAUAUUUAGUUUUUGGUUUUCAAUUUAUUAUCAUAUAUUGCUUUUCCUGGUCCUUGUUUACACUUUACAGUUCCCAGCUUCUGGUUGUGUCUUUCGGGUGCUAUAGAGCAAUUGUUUUGGCUUUGUUUGUGCAUUCCAUGUAUGGAAUCGGAUAUCUUGUAUUCUUGUUCUCUGUUACUAUAGAUUUGCGCCUAGGCAAUUUCUACUAAGCUCUCAA